UUAGACUAUGGAGAAAGUGAAAUGAUGUAAAAGUGUAACUAUCAUAGCGGGUCCCACCGAAAACUAACUUUCUCCAAAUAGCAGGCCAGCACACUUCAACUCACUCUCAGAUCUUCUCAAUGCGGUGGCCGGCAAAAGGCGCCGGCCUCGGCGUCGCUGCAAUAUCCUACGUGGCCGUUGACUACCUCCGCCACCUAUCCCCUACGUGGCACUCACGUCUACAACCGGCUCUAUGGUCCCUACUCGCCCUCGCCGCCGUCGUCCGCGUUCCCUCUUACCGCUACUGGUCCGCGGAGUUCCGCGCGGCUAUUCCGUUCGUCGCUUCAAUGCUCUUCAUGCUCGCUGCUCUCCUCUUCGAAGCCCUCUCAGUUCGCUCAGUCACCGCGGUUCUUGGCCUCGACUGGCACCGGAAGACAGCUCCUCUGCCGGACACUGGUCAAUGGUUUCUCUUGGCAUUAAAUGAGAAACUUCCGGCUCCAAUUGUUGAGAUAUUAAGAGCGCGUAUAAUUGGGCUGCACCAUUUUUUGAUGCUGUUUAUGAUGCUGGCAUUUUCUGUGCUAUUUGGUUCUGUAAAAGCUCCUGGCCUUGGAUUAGGUGCUAGAUACAUGUUUACCAUGGCAAUUGGCCGCCUUCUUCGUGCCAUAACUUUUCCUUCUACAAUUCUUCCGUCAGCUCGUCCUUGGUGUGCUAAUUCUCGCUUCAGAGUUCCCGCAUAUCCUCAUCGGUGGGCUCAGAAAUAUUAUGCUCCUUAUGCUUCGGAUAAUAGUGCUAUCAGCCAGUUGUUAAAGCUUGAUCAAGCUUAUGUUGACAUUGGAAGACCGGUUGAAGAUUACCAGCCAGAUUGGGGUUUGAUGAACUUUCUGAUUGAUUUUCUGCGACCCACUGCCUCCGAAGGAACUUCAUGGUUCAGUCUGUUAAAGAAAGCUGGUGGUGGCUGCAAUGACCUCCUAUACAGUGGCCACAUGCUUGUUGCUGUACUCACAGCUAUGGCUUGGACAGAAGCGUACGGAGGUUUCAGUUCAGCUCUUGUAUGGCUACUUGUAGCGCACAGUGCCCAAAGAGAAGUACGAGAACGCCAUCACUACUCUGUAGAUUGCAUUGUAGCCAUCUAUGUCGGGAUCCUUUUGUGGAAAAUGACAGGUUUUAUCUGGUCAAAAGAAGUUACAUCUGGGAAUAGGAGUCUGGCUAAGUUUGAGAAGAUUAAAAGUAAACUUGUCCAAGCUUCAAAGGAUUCGGACAUUAAUAAAGUGAGAGAUCUACUCAAAGAGAUUGAGGUAGGCAGUGAAGAGAGCAAGAAUCAAACUACAAUUAAGUAUGUACGGUUAUUUCGUGCUGCCACCAUUGUCUUUGCACUAACCAUUGUUGUUCUGGCUUUCAUACUAACAAGUGAUGGAUGAUCUUCUCAUGGACCUAAAUUUUCACACGGUGCCACACGGUUUUGAACUCUGUUUGUAUGUAGUUUUCUGUGUAUUCUGGUGUUUGUGGAAGUAGUUUUUGAGUCAUUUAUUUAAAUUUAAAUUGCAAGGCUGGCCAUGUAUGUCUCCAAGGCGAGGAUUUCUAGUUUUAGCAUUGUAACUGUUGUUUCAUCUUGUAUCACUAGACAUGUAAGUUAUUCUGUAUGAAUGAUUUUUGUACAAUAAAUUGAAAACUUAUCAUUGAAGGAAAAUAGAAAUUAUAAUAUUACC